GUAACAGAGCACCACUCUACUAAAGACAGAGCAAUGAGGCCCUUAGAUGCUGCCUUCUGCUUUCUAUGUUUCCUUGUCUUCUCUCUAUUGCAGAGCCCCAGCUCGGCCGCCAAAAGGUCUUACGUAGUCUACAUGGGUGCACAUUCACAUGGAAUAGAACCAUCAACGGCUGAUUUAGAAAAGGCAACGGAUUCACACUAUGAAUUUCUAGGCUCUUUCCUUGGAAGUCGUGAAACCGCCGAAGAUUCCAUCUUCUACUCCUACACGAGACAUAUCAAUGGCUUUGCAGCAAUUUUAGACGAAGAAACAGCAGCUACGAUAGCAAGGCAUCCAAAGGUAGUCUCGGUGUUCGAGAACAGGGGGAGGAAACUACACACAACACGGUCAUGGGAAUUCCUCGGCCUGGAUCGCAACCACGCAGUUCCAUCAUACUCGAUAUGGAACAAGGCCCGAUAUGGGGAAGAUGCGAUUAUCGGAAACCUUGACACUGGUGAGAUUUUUUGAGCUCUGUUUCAAGUCUGGUGUUUCCCAAACAUUUUUCUUUGUUUUUGGCUGGAGAUUUCCAAUAGUUAAUUGCGUCAUGGAUGACUAAAACACUGGAUACAGAUUGGAUCUGGAAUAUAAAAAUUAACUUUUUUU